CAUCUCUUUCUCUCUAUCUCUAUCGAGUUAAUUUAGCUCUCGCUCUCUCUCAAAAAAAGCUUAAUAUAUUUUGUUAUCUUGGUCCGAAAAAGGAAAAAAAGAAAACAUGGCUCCCUCGUUUCUAAGCGUCGCAAAAUUCGUUGAGGCACUACUCCGCCGGAGAUUCUCCUCCGCUGGUCUCUCUCUUCAAACCUUACCCAUCGACUCCGAAACCACCAUACAGUUCUGGGGACCACCACCGUCGGAAAAUACACAAAAACCUUCGCUCCUCCUCCUCCACGGUUUUGGCCCUUCCGCUGUGUGGCAAUGGAGCCAUCAGGUGAAGCCGCUCUCUCAAUCCUUUCGUCUCUACGUCCCCGACCUUGUCUUCUUCGGCGGCUCCUCUUCCACCGUGGAGAACCGCACAGAGAUGUUUCAGGCUUUGUGCAUGGGGAAGCUCAUGGAGAAGCUCGAAGUCGAGAGAUUCAGCGUCAUUGGUACGAGCUACGGCGGGUUCGUGGCGUAUAACAUGGCGAAAAUGUUUCCGGAGAAAGUGGUGCUUGCUAGCUCCGGCGUUAAUAUGCGGCGGAGUGACAACGAGGCGUUCAUCGCGAGGGCCAAGUGUAACGGCAUCAAGGAGGUGAUGCUUCCUUCAUCCGCGUCAGAUCUCAGGAGAACGUCUGGGAUAGUUUCUUUUAAGAGACUCGAUUACGUACCAGAUUUUGUCUUGAACGACUUUUGCCAGAAAAUGUAUUCGGAGAAGAGAGAAGAAAAAGCAGAACUUUUGGAGGGGCUGAGUAUUGGGAAGGAUGACAAAACUAACGUUUCUCCGAUUCAACAGGAUGUAAUGCUGAUAUAGGGGGAGCAAGAUCAAGUUUUUCCUUUAAAAAUGACCCAUGACCUCAAAGAGACGUUGGGGAAAAUGGCGACGCUAAAAGUGAUACCAAAGACAUCACAUAUACCACAAACGGAAAAGUCCAAAGAGUUCAAUGGUAUAGUCAUGUCUUUCUUAGUAUCUCCCUCUCCCUCUCCUUCAAUAUAAAUGUAAACAUCCAUGUUCAAAUAUAGAUUGCAAAAUUUAUGGUUUCGUCAGUGUUUAGAAGUGUUUGUGUACAAUUUUGAAUUAAAUACAAAAAAUUGUAAAUUUGUAACA